ACAUCCAAUGGACUGGGUGGUAGUACUGUAGUAGUGUGUCCGUGGUGCGGUGGUGAACACACUGGAUGGGACAGGACAGCGCUACAUGGGGGACGCAGGCGACAGCAGCGGGUACCAGCAACCGUAGAGCCCAGAGAGACCAAUCCGCUCUUUGGAGAAAUCCCUUGGGCACUGCAGCGCUCUGUUAUUGGGAACUGAAUAAAUGAAAUCAAUGAGCCGAGCAUGAACACAUCGCUUUUCAGGUAACCGAGGGAUCUGGGAGAUAUCCACUCCAACACAGAGGGAGAGAGAGGGCCAUGCUCACACACUCAGCCGCUUUGUAAUCACCGUCGUCGGUCUGUGCGUGUCUGUGUAUAUGUGUGUUUCCAGUGUCUCCUCCUCCUCUGAGCAUGGACUGACCAAAUCCUUCUCUGGAUGAUUUGAUGGGGCUGCUCAGAGUCAUGAUGCCGCCCAAGUUGCAGCUUCUGGCGCUGCUGGCGUUCGCAGUGGCCAUGUUCUUCCUGGAGAACCAGAUUCAGAAGCUGGAGGAAUCCCGGGGAAAGCUCGAGCGAGCCAUCGCCAGACAUGAGGUGCGAGAAAUCGAGCAGCGGCACACGCAAGACGGCCUGCGGGAGCGAGACUCGUCCUCUUCAUUGUUGUCUGACAAUGAAGAUGACCUCGUCAUCAUCUACAACCGAGUGCCCAAAACAGCCAGCACCUCCUUCACCAACAUCGCCUACGACCUGUGUGGGAAGAACCACUACCACGUCCUGCACAUCAACACCACCAAGAACAACCCGGUCAUGUCCAUACAGGACCAGGUGCGAUUUGUAAAGAAUGUAACCGAGUGGAGGGAGAUGAAACCAGCUUUCUACCAUGGACACGUCUCCUUCCUUGACUUCACCAAGUUUGGGGUAAAGAGGAAGCCUAUCUACAUAAAUGUGAUCAGAGACCCAAUCGAGAGGCUUGUGUCUUAUUAUUACUUUCUGCGUUUUGGGGACGACUAUCGACCCGGCUUAAGACGCAGAAAACAGGGAGAUAAAAAGACGUUCGACGAAUGUGUAUCAGCCGGCGGCUCUGACUGUGCUCCUGAGAAGCUCUGGCUCCAGAUUCCCUUCUUCUGUGGCCACUACUCUGAAUGCUGGAAUGUGGGCAGCCAGUGGGCUCUGGAGCAGGCCAAGUACAACCUGGUGAACGAGUACAUGCUGGUGGGAGUAACAGAGGAGCUGGAGGACUUUGUCAUGAUGCUGGAGGCCGCUCUGCCUCGCUUCUUCAGAGGAGCCACUGACCUCUACAAAACAGGGAAGAAAUCCCACCUGAGGAAGACCAGUGAGAAGAAGCCACCCACAAAGGAGUCCAUCGCCAAGCUGCAGCAGUCGGCCAUCUGGAAGAUGGAGAACGAGUUCUACGAGUUUGCUCUGGAGCAGUUCCAGUUUGUCAGAGCGCACGCCGUCAGAGAAAAGGACGGAGAGCUGUAUCUGCUGGCACAAAACUUCUUUUACGAGAAAAUCUAUCCAAAAAACUAAAGAGGCUCAAAGGAGGAGUUCGGAGAAAACACUUGAAAAAGAGGAGGAGAUUGAGACUGAUGGACUCUUGGUGACUGUGGCUGGUUUGUACAUGUGACAUGAGCAUUACAGUGAGAAUCCAGCCUCCGGACGCAGCCUGGUUAGGGCUCUGUUUUCAUAUUGGUGUGAACAGAAUUGGACAAGGACCUCUAGCUUGGUCAGCAGGUUGUGUUCCCAGCAGCACUGCAGGGUCUCCGCUCCCCUUCACUCUCAUUUAAAAGCCUGUCCAUGCAGAGUGCGUCUGCUGGCACGUGCCUGGUGACAGAUUUCCCAACAGCUGGUCAGGCCUGGACUCCUCACUGGCACUGAUCCAGCCAAAACAUUGUCAUCAGCUCUGUACCAUUUGGUUGUGUUUGGUUGUAUUUUAACUCUUUACUAUGGCUGUUUUUUUAUGUAGAGACGGUGACAUUUUCCAUGGUGAACAACAUCCCCAUGCCUCACCACUACUACUAACUUAAAGAGAUUUUAAUGUAAACUGACUACUGUGCUGUAUUAUUUGACUUGAACAAGAACUUUUGAGGUUUUUAUGAAAUAAAAAUCCAUUGUGACCAUAUUUUCCAAGCAAAUGUUUUAUACUGUACCUUAUAUGUGAAGUUGGAUGAGUCUUGAAUGUACAGCUUUGCCCAGAGGGUUUUCUUUCCAAUUUAGUAAGCAUAACAUGAGGCUGUUAAAGUGUGAAUUAAUACUAAAAGUAAAAAUGCUGCUGCUGUCAUAAUUUAUAACUUUUUUAGGCUGUUUCCGUUUCUGAGAUCUUUGUUUGAGUAUAAAAUCUAACCAUUUAUACAGUUUGCACUAUUUAAAAGUUGCAUUUUGUUACUUUUUACAUUUAUUUUGAGUUAUUAUUACAAUUUUAAGUCUGCCUUUUUUGGCAUGCUCUUUAAAAUAUAGUAUGUCGCUAAAUAUCUGCAUUCAUGAAUGUGUUACUCUGCAUGUUAAAGGGGUAUUUCUAUGAUUUAGGACAUUUUUUAUUGGCAUCUCAUCCAAAAGUUUGUCAGUCAGAGCUCUUGCGAAGGACUUCAGCUGUUUUUAAAACUGAUCAUACUGGGCGAUACUAAUUAUUUUUAGUUAUUUUCAAUGCCUAAAUCUAAAGCAACAGGGUCAGUGUUGGAUUAGUUAAUUAAUUGCAUACUGCGAAAGCAAACUUUACCAGCAUUAUACAACAGAAAUAUUUACACUGAGGAAUAUAAUCCACUGUUAAAAGAAGGCAGGAUGAGAUUUUAUGAGAGGGCUAUAGAUCUUAAACCUCUUGCAGACCAAUAUUGAUGAACUACCUUUGUCAGUAUGGAUUUGAUGUAAUUUUCUGGUACAACAUUUUAAGUUUUUUUUUUAAUUCAGCUUACUCAUGAACACAAUCUGGCAGUUACAUCUAUGAAAUAGC